UUCACAAAAACUACUUUGCAACAAAUAAAUAUCAUUUUUUUCUUAUCCAUGUGUUUAAAAUUGAAUUGCAUGUGUAAUACACAAUCGCCAGACGAUAUAAAGUUAUCUAGAUCUAUCUACUGAAAGAGGUGCAAUUACAGCUAAGGUACAAGAUGUCUCUCUCUGGUGGUUCAGGCGCUGUAUUUUUCCUCGGCAGCAGAGCUCAUUACCAGGUGUUAGAUCAACCGUACGAUAAGGACAAUCGCAAUACAUCGACAGAAACUAUUGCAAACAACUCAGUAGAGGAGCUAUGGCCUAGCGAGAAAGCUGUGGACAAGAACUCAGAUAUCAGUAAGCUUAACUGGAAUUUGGGUGGCAAUGACAUAAAUAGUAUGUUUCAUGAGCGGCAGUUUCAAAGUGGCAACCAUUGCAUCAAGAGACGAGCCAAAAGGCAUUCCACCGAGGCCUUAUUAGGCGAGGACUUAAAACCUUCAGCGUUGAACAAACUGAACAAUAGUGAGCCUGAGAAGAAGACUUCUCGGCGCAGUUCCGUGAUGCAGUUCUUCUCUUCUCUGUCGCGUCGGAAGAGAGGGCCAGAAGUCCAGUACUUGCAGCAGAUGGACACGGGCAUCAUUACAUGUACUUACCGGGAAUCCUGCAGGUGUUUGGAUUGUCAGGGUCGAUAUUUUGAAUGUGCUGAAGAUAGUGAAGAUUACAGUUCAGAUGAUGAAGACCAUUAUUUUGUGGAGAAACCUGGAGGGCUCGUUGAUGACGACCUAUUCUUGGUACCCAAGUUAUUCAAGGAAGCGGAAGAAUUGGAAAAAUCUGAACAACACGUCCCAGAGGAAAAAGUACGGAACGAAGGCGGCGACACGGACAACCAGUUGCAAAUGGAGGUGGCUGCGAGCACUUCCGCCAUGCUCAAUCUGUUACUCUACCAUCCAUUCUCAUGUGCCAUACAAUAAAUGUUCGAAUU